UUUCCCUAACUCUCUCCACCCCUCGCGCUCUCCGCCCAGCUCGCCUCCAGUCCUUCCCCGCCCUCUCCAUCCGGGUCGCUGACUGCUGUCUCUGGACUGGACAGCGGUGGUGGCCGCUUUCCUCUGAGGAACCCGGUAAAGUUUCAGGCGAGCCGGAGAGGGGAGCAGCGGCACCGACGCCGGAGGAGCCUUGUUGGCCGCCUCCACUGGCUUGAAGGAGGAGGGUUCCAGAAGCCGAAAACCUGCUUCGGCAGCCGCGCCGCCUCGUUCCCUGGGGAGGGGCCGCCCGCAGUCGCCCUGGGCAUUUUCUACCCCGAGGGCCCGGGUAAGAACUUCAGUUUUCUGUUGAUGUGGAGACUUAGGGUACCUCCAACUUUCCAGUGUUUCAGAAGGAAGUUUUUCAUUGAAACUGGAAGACCAAAAUAAUUGCAAGAAUGUUGUGCUGGGGAAAUGCAUCCUUCGGACAGCUAGGUUUGGGUGGAAUUGAUGAAGAAAUUGUAUUAGAGCCCAGAAAAAGUGACUUUUUUAUAAAUAAAAAGGUUCGAGAUGUAGGAUGUGGACUCAGACACACCGUAUUUGUUUUGGAUGAUGGGACAGUGUACACAUGUGGAUGUAAUGAUCUGGGACAACUGGGUCAUGAGAAAUCCAGAAAGAAACCAGAGCAGGUUGUUGCCCUGGAUGCUCAAAAUAUCGUAGCUGUAUCAUGUGGAGAAGCUCAUACAUUAGCACUAAAUGACAAGGGACAGGUGUAUGCUUGGGGUCUCGAUUCUGAUGGACAACUUGGCCUGCUAGGAUCAGAGGAAUGUAUCAGAGUACCAAGCUGCCUCCUGAAAAUCAUGGGUAUCGACACUCUGGUCAGAACUUGCUUCGGACUCUCAUAUGGCAGAAUCAGGUCAGGUGGCAGUAUCAGGAACAUUAAAAGUUUGUCAGAUAUCCAGAUCGUACAAGUUGCUUGCGGUUAUUAUCAUUCACUUGCACUUUCUAAAGCAAGUGAAGUCUUCUGUUGGGGACAGAAUAAAUAUGGCCAGUUGGGUUUAGGCAUUGACUGUAAAAAGCAAACUUCACCUCAGCUGAUUAAGUCUUUGCUCGGAAUCCCUUUCAUGCAAGUUGCUGCAGGAGGAGCCCAUAGUUUUGUACUCACUCUUUCUGGAGCUAUCUUUGGAUGGGGACGCAACAAAUUUGGUCAACUGGGUCUUAAUGAUGAAAAUGAUAGAUAUGUUCCUAAUUUACUAAAGUCACUAAGAUCUCAGAAAAUAGUUUAUAUUUGUUGUGGAGAAGACCAUACUGCUGCACUCACCAAGGAAGGAGGAGUAUUUACCUUUGGAGCUGGAGGGUAUGGUCAGUUGGGUCAUAACUCUACCAGUCAUGAGAUAAAUCCAAGGAAAGUUUUUGAACUUAUGGGAAGCAUUGUCACUCAGAUUGCUUGUGGAAGGCAGCACACUUCUGCUUUUGUUCCUUCAUCAGGACGAAUUUACUCUUUUGGACUUGGUGGUAAUGGGCAGCUAGGGACUGGUUCAACAAGCAACAGGAAAAGUCCUUUCACUGUGAAAGGAAAUUGGCUCCCUUAUAAUGGCCAGUGUCCACCAGAUAUAGAUUCUGAAGAAUAUUUCUGUGUAAAAAGAAUUUUCUCAGGUGGAGAUCAAAGCUUUUCACAUUACUGUAGUCCUCAGAACUGUGGGCCACCAGAUGACUUUAGAUGUCCUGAUCCUUCAAAACAGAUAUGGACAGUGAAUGAAGCUCUAAUUCAAAAAUGGCUGAGCUAUCCCUCUGGAAGGUUUCCUGUGGAGAUAGCCAAUGAAAUAGAUGGAACAUUUUCUUCCUCUGGUUGCCUAAAUGGAAGUUUUCUAGCUGUUAGCAAUGAUGAUCAUUAUAGAACAGGUGUCAGAUUUUCAGGGGUUGAUAUGAAUGCUGCUAGGCUUUUAUUCCACAAACUUAUACAGCCUGAUCAUCCUCAGAUAUCUCAGCAGGUGGCAGCUAGUUUGGAAAAGAAUCUUAUUCCUAAACUGACUAGUUCCUUACCUGAUGUUGAAGCAUUGAGGUUUUAUCUUACUCUGCCAGAAUGUCCCCUGAUGAGUGAUUCCAACAAUUUCACAACAAUAGCAAUUCCCUUUGGUACAGCUCUUGUGAACCUAGAAAAGGCACCACUGAAAGUACUUGAAAACUGGUGGUCAGUACUUGAGCCUCCACUAUUCCUCAAGAUAGUAGAACUUUUUAAGGAAGUUGUGGUACAUCUUUUGAAACUCUACAAGAUCGGCAUUCCCCCUUCUGAAAGAAGAAUUUUCAACAGCUUUCUUCAUACCGCAUUAAAGGUUUUAGAAAUAUUACAUAGGGUAAAUGAGAAAACGGGGCAGAUUAUACAGUAUGAUAAAUUUUAUAUACAUGAAGUACAAGAAUUAAUAGACAUAAGGAAUGAUUAUAUCAACUGGGUUCAACAGCAGGCCUAUGGAAUGGAUGUCAACCAUGGAUUAACUGAGUUGGCAGAUAUCCCUGUAACAAUCUGCACAUAUCCAUUUGUAUUUGAUGCCCAAGCAAAAACUACUCUGUUACAGACAGAUGCAGUCUUACAGAUGCAGAUGGCUAUUGACCAGGCCCACAGACAGAAUGUCUCCUCUCUUUUUCUCCCAGUUAUUGAAUCUGUGAAUCCCUGCUUAAUUCUAGUGGUGCGUAGAGAAAACAUUGUAGGAGAUGCAAUGGAAGUUCUUAGGAAAACAAAGAACAUAGAUUACAAAAAGCCGCUCAAGGUUAUAUUUGUUGGAGAAGAUGCUGUUGAUGCAGGAGGGGUACGCAAAGAAUUUUUCUUGCUCAUCAUGAGGGAAUUACUGGAUCCUAAAUAUGGCAUGUUUAGGUAUUAUGAAGAUUCCAGGCUUAUUUGGUUUUCUGAUAAGACAUUUGAAGACAGUGAUUUGUUCCAUUUGAUUGGUGUUAUUUGUGGAUUAGCAAUUUAUAAUUUUACUAUUGUGGACCUCCAUUUUCCUUUGGCUUUGUAUAAGAAACUGCUGAAAAAGAAGCCAUCCCUGGAUGAUUUGAAAGAAUUAAUGCCUGAUGUUGGGAGAAGCAUGCAACAGUUACUGGAUUACCCAGAAGAUGAUAUAGAGGAAACGUUUUGUCUAAACUUUACGAUCACAGUUGAAAACUUUGGUGCAACAGAAGUGAAAGAGCUGGUUCUAAAUGGUGCAGACACAGCUGUUAACAAACAAAAUCGGCAGGAGUUUGUUGAUGCUUAUGUGGAUUACAUAUUCAAUAAAUCAGUGGCUUCCCUAUUUGAUGCUUUUCAUGCGGGCUUUCAUAAGGUCUGUGGAGGAAAAGUCCUUCUGCUCUUCCAGCCAAAUGAACUACAAGCAAUGGUUAUUGGAAAUACAAAUUAUGAUUGGAAGGAACUGGAAAAGAAUACAGAAUACAAAGGGGAAUACUGGGCAGAACAUCCUACAAUAAAAAUUUUUUGGGAAGUGUUUCAUGAAUUACCAUUGGAAAAGAAAAAACAAUUUCUAUUAUUUUUGACAGGUAGUGAUCGCAUUCCUAUUCUUGGUAUGAAGAGUCUCAAACUAGUCAUCCAGUCAACAGGAGGUGGUGAGGAAUAUCUCCCAGUUUCUCAUACCUGUUUUAAUCUUCUGGAUCUUCCGAAAUAUACAGAAAAAGAAACUCUGCGUUCUAAACUGAUCCAAGCUAUUGAUCACAAUGAAGGCUUCAGUUUAAUAUAACUUCGGAGUUAUUACAGCUAUUCAGUUUAGUGCAAAAGCAUUAAGCUAUUUGUGUUUUCCUUGUGAUGAAUUCAGCAAGACAGAGGUACUAUUAUAAUUCUUAAACUUGCAAAAUGCUAUUAUUCAUGACAGCCAAAAAAUAUUAAAGGAAAAUGAACUGUUAUUAAACUUAUUGUACAGAACUAUGGAUUUUUUCCAUCUUACAAUAAACAUACAAGUAUUGUGAAUACAUUAAAGUUUUACUAACAUGAAUUUUAAGAGUUUGCAUAUUUCAGAAAUGAUCUGAUGUGUGAGUGCAUGGAAAUGUUGCUUAAUUUUUCUUCAAUCACUGGGUGAAAAAAGCCUUUAACCUUGGCCUGCAAUAGUCGUUGGAUUAUUUUUUCAUUUUGUAAAUAAUGUUAAGUUUUGUAAUAAAAUAGUAUGUUCUGAUACCA